ACCAAUUGAAUAAUCGCCGCGCGUUCGUUAUCGAAUUGUUUUUAAAUAAAUGGUCGAAUAAAAAUGGUAACGACAGGGUAGUCGGUAUUCCACGAACCAGUUGGAUUAUCUCGAUUAACCCUAUUCCAUGACUAUGGGUGACAGGGUUGAGUGGCGUAAAAUGGUGUGGACAAGUAUGCGCGCGAUCGCGACCGUUAGAAAAUUGCGCCAUUUUUUAGUUCUAACCAAGAUUAUUUUCUGAGCGGUGCGCGUUGCGUUAAGCGUUUAUGACAUCGUGAACGGCGGCACGUGGUAAAACCGACGGCGGUUGCGAAUAUACGGGGAAAACGAUCGACACACGUACGAGAAUUUUAAUUACGCGUUGUAGGAGUGCCUAGCGGGAGUUUCGCGCACGAGGGAACUUUUUUACCGGGUGUCUUUUUGAGAAGAGUGCAUUUUUUUUUUUCUGUAAACAAAAUGUCGGUGGAUACUCUGUGCGAUUCGGAAUUACGUAGUAAAUUGAUGGAGUAUGGAUAUCCAGUGGGACCUGUGACACAAACGACCAGAAAAAUUCUCGUGAAAAAGCUGAAAAAUUUGAUGGAAACCCGUGGCGGUACAGGGUCACGACAUUCUUUGGCUGCAAGAUAUAGUAGCGAGGACACAGACGAUGAUACAAGUUCGACAACCAGUAAAAAGAAAAAGGCGGCCAUAAAUGCCAGACGACAAACUUUGGCUAACCCGAUGCCUCCACCACCUACGGUUCUGGCAUCUUCGGACACGAGCGUAUCAAAAAAUCCGAUCAAAGACAAAACUUCUCACUCUGAAUUCAAGGAUCCUGUAGUGCCUGAUUACGACGGCCCUUCGUCCUUCACAAAUCGUACACUGACGAAAACGAUGCAGAAGAAAUAUGUGAAAAUUAAUAAAACGAUGAAUAUGAACGACGGUUUAGAAACUGGUUCGGAUUCGGAUGUUGUCGAGGAAACGAGCAGAAGUUACUCUCCAUCCAAAUAUCUGUCCAGCAUUGGGAAGUCUCACGAUGCUAGAACAUACGAACGUGAUAUACCCGAUCAGGAACAAAUUUCAAAACCGUACGAACCCAAGUCAAGAUCCGUUCAUACGAUAAAGGACAACAAAUACGAGUCCCCUUUCGAUCUGAGUAUUUCUCCUAUACAGUCCAUGAAAGACGAUGCCUGUACAAAGGACAACUUUAAUCAAAGAGACAUUUUGGCAAAUUACGAAACUCCGUUUUUAUCAGAAUUUACCAGGAGACUUAGUUCACGGUCGUCAAUAAAUUUACCAUCUACCUCUUUAUCCAGUUCAAAAAGUUCGUCUUUGCGCCAUUUAUCGAACACACCGGAUUUAAAAGAGAAGGAUUCGAACGGCCACUUUUCGUCUCUAAGAUCACUGUAUUUAUCAAGUCCAAGGCAUUUAACAUCGUCGAUUGAUAGACCUCGAGAAACAAAUAGGACAUUUAAGCCGUCGACUACGAGUAGAGAAGAUAUGCGCAACAACCAGAACAUGGUGUCCAUAAUUUUGGUAGUGGUACUCGCCUUAUUUUUUGGAAUUCUUGCUGUUAUAUACAUGGGGCUCGGUGGAAAAACAGAAACUUUUCCAUCCUUUUCAACGGAUAGCAACAUACCACUAUGCUUUCUCGGAGCCAACCUUGAAGCGCCUGGAGUUAAUUGCGUAAUGAAAGAAAAUGUAGAUUCCGUGCUGCAGCUGUUAAAGCGGCUACAACCGAUUUUAACGAAAAAGGCCGUGUCUAUGAUAUGCGACAAUUCCAGCGAAACUCCUUACCUGACUGAUUCCGAAAUCAUGCAAAUGUUCACGAAUACUAAAGUGAGAAGCUUGGAGGUGAAGGAGGAUUUGCAAAAUGCACAGUUACUCGUCAUAAAGAAUCCCAAGUGGGGUAUUUCUCUCGUAGAUAUAAGCGACGAUAACGGACCGCCCGGCGAAGUAUUGGAUUCCUUGGACAAAUUGUUUUCCACCCGUUUGAACGGAAAAGUUGGAAUGGUGAUCAUGGAUCCGGAAUUGCCGAUGCAAUGUCUUAUUAAAAACAAGCUUUUCACCAUAUUCUCCUCACUUCUAAUUGUGUCACUUGGCCUCCUAGCAGUUAUAGGAAUCCAGAAAUUGUUCGUUUGGUAUAUAAAGUACAAGAAAAGCACAGAGGGAGAAGUGUUUAAGCUCGUUAGCGAGAUAAUUAACAUGGUCGAGAUGCAUCAUCAAAAUGCCGGCGUGGCAACGCCUGGCGGUAUGCAGGAGAGCUUUCUAGCUAUAAAUCAUGUACGCGACAAUUUGAUACCGCCGAGGGAUCGUAAAAAGAUGGCCGGACUGUGGGAGAAGGCUGUCAAGUUUUUGGACGAGAACGAAUCCAGAAUUCGAAGGGAAGUGCAACAGGUCGCUGGCGAAGAAUUUCACGUAUGGCGCUGGUUGCCCAACAACAGCCUGAACAAAUCGAACACGCAGAAUUUUGUACCGACCAAAAAGUCGAAAGUGUGGCAGGGCCAAGCGUUCGAAACAAUGGAAGGUUCGGUGAACAGUCUGACCUGCUCGCCAACGCCGUGCUUGAAGAUAAGGCAUAUGUUCGAUGCUGAUGUAGAAAUCGAGGACGAUUGGGAGACGAAGGUUCAGGAUGCUAUCCUGGAGAAAUGCGGAGAAGGUGUGAAGGUACUCCAUAUCCGUGUAGACCGUGGUAGCCGGGAAGGUUGCGUUUAUAUGAAGUGUAUGUCGCAAGAAGACGCGGGUAAAGCUUACAGGGCUUUGCAUGGUUGUUGGUUCGAUGGUCACUUAGUAACCGUGAAGUACCUGAGAUUGGAAAGAUAUCACGAAAGAUUUCCAGACGCACGACGCUGUACGAUACCUUUGAAACCAAGUAAUAAUCAACGAUUAUCUAUGCAGGCGGACUAUUAGAGAUGCCAUUUUGGAUGUAAACUGACAAAAUACCUCUUUGCUUGUGUAUAUACGAAUAGCAAGCAGAAUUAGAAUUUUUGCCGCUGAAUGAUCGUUCGCGGGCCAGAAUUCGCGGGGAUAACUUCUAUUUUUUGCUCUGGAGGAGAGUAGAACUUCAUACUAUGAACGCGGAAAUAUAGAAUCCGGGGUGACAUGUAGUUGUGUGAUAACAUUCUAAGAAUUGAAGAGGCAGAGACUUUUUAUAAGCAUUUUCAUUUCGAUUUUGUAAUGUGUACAUUAUUAUUAUGUUCUAUCGACUUUUUUUAAGGAAAAAAAAGGGAAAAAAAAAAGGAAUAAAAGAAACUCGCAAAGACUCGACAAAAUACAUUAUUUAUGGAACUACUGUGACGUAAGUGUAAGGACAUUGUUUCAAUGCUGCAUUUUAUGAAGUUUCCAAGUAGCAAUAUACAAGUCAAAUAAUAUGCAUAUCCAAAUUUCUAUAUUGUAAUAUAUUCAUUUAUUUGUGCGUCGAAGGGAAGUGUUUUGUUUCAUUAUUUAAAUACUUAACUCCAAAUGCUACGGGAUAGUAGCUUUGACAGAAAUAGUUAAUAAUCCUUUUCUAUUUUUUAAUAUUUAAUAAACGAAGAUCUGUUUUUUUAACGAUUGUUUUGUUCAGAAUUUCAUGAAAUGUGCUAAGAAGAUCCAAGUGUAAAGUGUAAAACUAC